CAAUAAUGUAGUAACAUAUGAUUCUCUCCCAUAAAACAAGGUCAUCAAUUUCAAACCCCACAACCUCACACACGGAGCACCGUAACCAAUAUCGUAAAAAUAUAUUAAUCAAAGUUCACAAGCACCACCUCCAUGUGAACCCACCACCAUGGACAACUCUCUCUCUCCUAUAUAACUUCAUUUCAUACACACACACACAAGUGAACAAACAAAGUACGUUCUUAUUAUCCCUCUCAUUCUGAGCUUUGGGACCUCAAAAUAGAUUAUGGCUUUCAAAGUCAAAACCUUGCUUUUGCUCUCUUUCUUUAGCCUGGCUCUGCUUGUGUCCUUGCACCAAGCAAGAGCCACUAAGUCCUACAAUGUGACUCGCUUUAAAGGAAGAAAGGAACUAAGUGGAUGUAACUUGUUCAUUGGAAGUUGGGUGAUUGACCCUUCACAUCCUCUUUAUGAAUCUUCAACCUGCCCCUUCAUUGAUGCUGAGUUUGAUUGCCAAAAGUAUGGGAGACCCGACAAUCAGUAUCUCAAAUACUCUUGGAAGCCUGAUUCAUGUGCCUUGCCCAGGUUGGAUGGAGUGGAUUUCUUGAACAGGUGGAGGGGUAAGAAGAUAAUGUUUGUGGGUGACUCGUUGAGUCUGAACAUGUGGGAAUCAUUGUCCUGCAUUCUUCACGCGUCGGUGCCAAAUGCUGCCACCAGCUUUGUGAGGAGAGAAGCACUGUCUACUGUGACCUUCCAGGACUAUGCACUAACCAUAACACUCUAUCGCACACCCUAUUUGGUAGACAUAAAUCGAGAAGAAGCUGGGCGAGUGCUCACACUAGACUCCAUACAAGCUGGUAAUGCUUGGAUUGGCAUGGACAUGUUGAUCUUCAAUUCCUGGCAUUGGUGGACCCACACUGGAAAUUCUCAAGGAUGGGAUUACAUAAGAGAUGGUCCCAAUCUGCUGAAGGACAUGGACCGUUUUGAGGCCUUUUAUAAAGGGAUGACCACAUGGGCUCGAUGGGUUGAUCAAAAUGUUGACCCUACCAAAACUAAAGUUUUCUUUCAAGGCAUUUCUCCUACUCAUUAUCAAGGUCAGGAGUGGAAUCAGCCAAGAAAGAGUUGUAGUGGAGAACUUGAACCAUUAGCUGGGUCAACAUACCCAGCAGGUUUACCUCCUGCAGCAAACAUAGUGAACAAAGUGUUAAAGAACAUGAAGAAUAAAGUUUAUCUACUUGACAUAACACUUCUCUCACAACUGCGAAAAGAUGCACAUCCUUCUGUCUAUAGCGGGGAACAUGCGGGUAAUGACUGCAGUCACUGGUGCCUUCCAGGACUACCUGAUACUUGGAACGAACUCCUAAAUGCAGCUCUUAUAAUGUGAAAUUGUGAACUUCUAGUGAAGGGUUGAAUUCAAUUGUAUUAUAGGACUCUUGAAGAAUAGUUAUAACAGAGCUCCAAAGCAAGUUAGUCAGGGAUAUCAAAUUGUUACACAUGUCAUGAAAAUGAAAAUUUACUUUACAAGGGGAUACUAAUGUUUAUUGGAUGAUAAAUUGCGAUUGAACUUUACCAACGAUUGAUUUGAUGCACACUUCCUGUCUUUGUGAAGUGUUUAAUAAAUCUUAUUUAGUGAAA